UAAGAGUCGAGAUAAUGAGACAGGGAAGUCUAAGGUAGUGUGUUGGUGUGACUGGUGGGAGGUGCACCACCUCAACUCUCUCUUGAUACUAAUUAUCUUCAUGCACUAAUAUAACUGCAGGAAAGUGUAAGGUCAUCGGAGGUACACUGGGAAGAUGGAGUCACAUGCUAACAGGAUUAUGUGGAUGAUACCGAUAUUGGCCUGGGUACUGGACCUGGUUCCUUAUAAUAUACCGCACAGCGAGGGUCCCAUUAUAGACAGACCGGACCUUCUUCAGGAGUACGACUAUGUGAUCAUAGGAGGCGGGACAGCUGGGAGUGUGUUAGCUUCCCGUUUAAGUGAGGACGAGGGAGUGAUGGUGUUGCUAGUGGAAGCCGGGGGACAGGAGACUUCCCUCUCUGAAGUGCCUGGUCUGGCCUCCACACUGCAACUCACUGAUAUGGACUGGCAGUACAGGUCACAGCCUUCCUCCACAGCUUGUCUGGCUAUGUAUGACAGAAGGUGCAACUUGCCGCGGGGCAGAGUGAUCGGUGGCAGCAGUAGCCUGAAUUACAUGCUCUACGUCAGGGGUAACAAGAUAGACUACGACAACUGGGAGGCUCAAGGCAACACAGGCUGGAGUUAUGAUCAGAUCUUCCCAUUUUUCAAACUCUCGGAGGAUAACGUUGACCCCAAUGCGAAUCAUAAGUACCACGGUGUUGGAGGGUUCCAGACAGUGGGUCCAGCGCCAUGGACAACCCCGCUGGCACAAGCCUUCCUAGAUGCUGGAGAGGAGUUAGGAUAUGAUGCGAGAGACAUAAAUGCAGAGCGUCAAACAGGCUUCAUGACCCCUCAUGGCUUAAUCAGACGAGGCGCCCGCUGCUCUAAUGCUAAGGCUUUCCUACGGCCGGUGCGUCGACGUCCAAACCUCCAUGUCGCCCUGAACACCAUGGCCCUCAAGCUGUUGAUAGAUGGCACAACUAAUCGCACUCUGGGAGUCUCUCUGGACCAACCGACGAAAAAAGGCGCGGUCGUUUUGGUGAGGCGAGAGGUGGUAGUGUGUGCAGGCGCCAUAAAUACCCCACAACUCCUGAUGCUCUCUGGGAUAGGUCCAGCGCGACACUUGUCCCAACACAACAUUACUGUUAUCGCUGACCUCCCCGUAGGUCAGAAUUUUCAGGACCACAUAGCAGCGGGUGUGAUCUUCAGCAUCGACGAACCAGUCUCCCUCCUGACUGACCGCAUACAAAACCUUCCAGCCUUAAUUCGCUAUUCCUUCUUUGGUACUGGUCCCCUCACCACCCUGGGCGGGGUGGAGGGCCUAGCCUUCAUAAACACAAAGUAUGGAGACCCUAGCAUAGACUGGCCAGACAUUGAACUUCAGUUCGUAGCGGGUUCUUACGGUUCUGACGAGGGGGCACACUUGAGGCUAGCUCUAGGCAUGCAACACAAAUACUGGAGUAAAUACUUCUCUCAUCUGAGCUACACCGACCACUUCAGCAUAAUGAUCCUUCUAUCCAGGCCAAAGAGUAGAGGCUACAUCCAUUUGGCUACUACCAAUCCCUACACCCACCCAAAGAUAUUCGCGAACUACCUCACUAACAUAGAGGACGUGCAGGUGCUGGAGGAGGGCCUUCUCUUCGCUUUGCGUGUUGGUAACAGUACUGCCUUCAGAAAGAGGUUUGGCGCAUUGUUUUUCGACCACCCAGUGCCGGGGUGUGAACACUUGGUGGGGAAGAGUGAUUACUGGCAGUGCUCUUUCCGUCACCUCACCUACACCAUUUACCACUACAGCGGCACCGCCAAAAUGGGGCCAGUCUGGGACCCAGCUGCUGUUGUAGAUCCCCAGCUCAGGGUGUAUGGAGUGUCUGGUCUGCGGGUAGCGGACGCCUCCAUCUUUCCGACCAUCCCGACUGGUAACAUAAAUGCCCCAGUAACCAUGGUAGCAGAGAAGGCCGCCCAUAUGAUCAGAACUUACUGGGCUUCUGCAGAAACGCCCUCUCCUCCCCUCCUAAAGCCAUUCAUUGACUAUGAGGAAGUACACAACGACUUCCCCAGAGAGCGGGGUGAGGAACUUUGACGAGGAUACACUGGAGAGGCUGCCGAAGUGUGAUUCCCGGUCUCUCGGACUAAUAAAUCUUUGCUGGUUGACAUGAAAACUCGGGGUGGAGAUUUAACAAAAAGCUGUCGCAUAAGUCAGCUCUGAUGGUUCUGCAAGAUUCUAUUUCUUUAACAGGUCUUCAAAAAUAGAGCUGGGUGCUGACUCUAAAUACCGUGUACGUCUUUGUUUUAAUAUAAAAUGUUCUACCAAAA